AUGGCCGGAUGGUGGGAUAUCACGUCUUUUGGCGACAUGGAGAACAAAUACAUGGAGAUAUUGGGUAUCCAAGCUAUCUAUCAAGAGACGUCUUUUGGAUGGCGCGGUGGCAAAGAGCCUAUCAUAUGGGUUGAUACAGCAAAAGGCUAUUCAUACGCCAUGCAAAAGCCGCUCUUGGAUUACAGGUCAACAUGGGAGCAACUAGUAGAGAGUUUUGCCCUGGAGCAUGAAGGGAGGUUGGCUUGUUUUCAACAACUCCCGAUCAGCCCGACCAGGCCAGCUUGGUGGACUACUACCAAAAGCUGGGAUGCGUUUAUCGCACAUGGUCGGAUUGGCAAGAAUGCCCGAGCGAGUGUGACUCGCGACGAAGGCAAAGGUGGUAAUGAGUCACAAGACCGCCAGGAGAAUGUGGAGCUGGAACAGAGAGGGAGAGAGGAGCAGAGGCGAGAAGCCUCUAGGACAAACUUGGGAGAGGGGAAUGGGGAAGACUCCCACAUGAUUGCGACCCCCGGCUCAGAGGUGGCCAUCCCGGCCAUGAAUCCAGACUCAGGAAUAGAGUUGGAUAUGGACGUAGAUGCAGAUGCAGAUGCAGAUGCAGAUGCAGACGCAGAUGCAGACGCAGAUGCAGACGCAGAUGCAGACGCAGAUGCAGACGCAGACGCAGCGCCCGCUCCCGAACCCGCGCCCGCUCCUGAGCCCAAGCCCAAAUCCGAGCCCGCUCCCGCCACCGCCACCGUAUCCAAGCCCGCCCCCAAACCCGCUUCUGAACCCGCGUCUACACCCCCACCCAAACCUGUUCCUACCCCUGCGUCUGCUCCCACUCUUGCUCCUGCUCUUGCUCCUGCUCCCGAACCCGCCCCCGCUCCUGCCCCCGCUCCUGCCCCCGCUCCUGCCCCCGCUCCUGCCCCCGCCCAUGGAGAUACCGGUGCUGAUGCGGGCGCGGACAUGGACGUGGGCAAUCAACUGGAUGAGACUACGGGAAGGAAAGACUUCAUGGAAGAGGUGCCUGAGACAGACGAGGAAGAAGUGCAAGGUACAUUCUCUGGUGACCCAAAACACACUUCCCACCACAGUCAGACUUUGCCGGAUGGCACAAGCCAUAACCCCGAGGCAAAUAUUACUCUACUAGCCCCACCGGCCCCGGUCCCGGUCCUACCACAAAGUGGGGAAGAAAAUCCGGCUGCGCAUUUGGGUACUUCUUCCAUGGACGACUUUCUGAGGCGGUCAUCAUCCCUAAUGGCCCAAUUCAGACAAGAGCGGGACAGGAUGGCCAACAAGGGCUUUCAACUGUUGGUGGAACCCAUGUCUGGACAGCAGCUAGCAUCUCCACCGACCUCGAUUAACCCUGCCAUGUUAACUGUUUCUAGCUCGGCCGCACCGUUAGCGUCGACAUCAAUGUCGGCCCAUGCUCCACGGGAAGUUACUUCCUUUCAGCCCGAGCCCUCUCAGCCCACUCCGCCCCCCAACGCCAGACAGUCGAAUCCAUAUACACAAACCAAUUUUGACAAUACACGCCAGCGCCCUCGCGCUUCCCACAAGCACUGA